CGGGAGAGGCUUGCGCAAUGUAUGUGAACCAAGCAUAUAUUUGUCGACGCCUACGACCUGACAUUCACAAAAUGUAAUAUUAAUGUUAGGUAAUGUACAGGAACGCGUCCGAGCAACGACGUUGUGAGCUACACCGUGACGAAUAUAAAUCUACAUCCAACAUACUGUCCGCGCUUAGCACAGCCUAUUUCGAAGCUAUUGUAUAAUCUGUGAUAAGCGUUGCGAUGUACUAUAAACAUGACUAUCCGAUCUACUUCUCUCACCGACUUUUGUUGAAAAGUCGGUCACAUUUCGAGGUGUACACACGGCGCAAACUAUACCUUCUAAAUGCAGACGUGGCAAGCUGGACUCGGUCAAUAGCAAGGUAUUUUGUGGUGUAGUUCGUGCGAGCAAUGUCACCACAAUACGCCACUGCCAAACAAGAGGAGGAGUUAGUGGGAUUCAAUCGCAGCGGGGAAACAUAUUCCGCAUCCACACGUAAUGAUGGAAUUGGAAACACAACCACUGCUGGAACACUCAAGAUAAGAAUACAGAGCAAGCACCUCCGGAAAAGCAGCGGCAUUGAUAACAUUAGUUUGCUAUGGCGAGCGGAAUCACAAUCACGACCAUUUUGAAAGUGCUUUUUCUCUGUGAGAUCUCCAUGACAGAUUGUGCCAAGAUCUUGUACCUCCCGUUCCCUCUCUACAGUCACAUUCAGACAGUCACGUGGCUCAGGGAUGACCUAAAAGAUUUCGGCCAUGACCUGUGGAUUGCAUACCCGGAUGUGUUAGCACCCCGAGGAAUUCUCAACGAUCCUAGUUUCAACUUCAUCAAGUAUGACAGCCUUGGGGAUGUGGACCCGGACAAAUACUACAUCAAACCAGCUGUGGAUUUUUACCUCGACCCUGAUAACUUCAGAAGUAUAACGACUGGCAUCUUCCAUCUUGUUAACCGAGCUCUCAGAUACGUCGACCCCACUCAUCCUCCAAUCGAUAUGUUUAAAAGCGCAAACGUAAUGAAUGAGCUUGUGUUAAGAGAUGCCAAGUUACUGGACACUAUAAAGAGUCAUAACUUCGACCUGUUGUUAGUGGACGGGACUGUUGGUAUGCCAUACGCAAUCAUUGCUUACAAACUUGAUAUUCCCUUCUGUUUCAUUGGGCCCUUUUACGACUCCUGGAGAACAGGUGCCCCUACAUACCCCUCCUUCUCUCCCAUAAUAGGACUCGGCGCAUCCGAUACUAUGGGUUUCAAGGACCGUGUUGUUAGCACGUUGCAACACAUUCUACUGAUGGUAGCGAACCCUCUUAUGGCCGAAUCUAUGGUGUCCCUUUACGCUUCUGAGAAACCGUAUAUUUCCCUGACGAACCUGGUGAGCAAGGCCGAGUUGUGGUUGGUUGAACAAGACACAGUGUUAGAUUUUCCAAGAUCAGCCAUGCCCAAUACUAAGUUUGUUGGCGGUCUGUCAGUUCACAACUCUAAGCCGUUACAAGGACGCUUCAAGACUUUCUACGAAAAUGCCACCACCGGGGUUGUUGUGGUGUCGUUUGGUGGGAGUGUGAAAGCGUUACCGAAACAAUUUGAGGAUAAACUCGUUCGUGCCUUUACAUUAACCAAAUAUUCUUUCGUGUGGAGAUCCAAUAUCACCUCAUCGAUUGGAAAAAACCUUCUUGUAUCUGACUGGAUACCUCAAAAUGACCUUUUGGGUCAAUCAAAAACAAAGCUGUUCAUUACCCAUUGUGGAGCGUAUAGUCAAUAUGAAAGUAUCUAUCAUGGCGUGCCUAUGAUUGGGAUGCCUGUCUAUGCUGAACAACAUUACAAUAGUAGAAGAAUGGCGUGGAAGAAGUAUGGACUUGCUAUGGAUUUUCAUAAAAAUUCUGCUGAAGAACUGGCUCAAGCAAUAAUAACUGUGAUUGACUCCCCAAUAUACAAGGAAAACGUUGUCAAAGCUUCGAUGAUAUUUAGAGACAAGACUCUUACACCACGACAGGAGGCAGCGUACUGGAUAGAUCACGUGAUCAAAUAUGGCGGCAGCUAUUUCCGGUCAGCUGGCCUUGACCUUACAUGGUAUCAGUUCAUGUGUGUCGACGUAUUAAGCUUCAUUGUUGCGAUGAUGAUGGUGUUCCUAUAUUCCUCAUACAAAUCUGUGAUUUAUAUAGCAAAUUUCUUCUUUAAAGUAUGCAAACAUAAGACGAAAGUCGAAUAAUAUUUAAUCAAGUAAUACUGAAUUUAAACCGUCCCAGUGAACUUUGUCGCGCUGUUUGCAUUUUUGUUUGAGUUUUGACAUGUAGUAGUAUCAAAGUGCUUUUUUUCGAACAUAUUUCCUAUUUCGGAAAAAUACAUUGAACAGAUUUAUUACCACGUGUAAGGCGAGUUUCUCUCAUUAUUGAUGCCAUGAUCUUUCAUAACGUAUUGCUUAUUUAAUUUUCUAGGCUUAUUUAUCAAUGUUUAUGUAAAUAUUUAUAUCAUUUAAUGUAUUAGUGGCGUCCGUCAAGAAUGUAUCUUUGGUCGUUAGUUAUUUACAUCUUUCAACAAUCAGCUUAUGUUAAUGAUAGACCAGAAGGGUUUAUAUGAAGGCUGAAGGGGCUUCAUCUGUUAAACAUUUGGGAUUAGAAGUCCCUCCAUAAAUGAAAUAUUCUUAAAAAAAUUGGAAUCAGACCUUUUUCUACCAGUGUUGUCAUCAAAUGAGUAGUGGCGUUGUCUGGGUCAUCAAAGAUAUAUUAUCCGUUUCAAAAGAACAAAAGUAUCCUUAGUAUUUAGAAGAAUGCUUCAAGUGAAAACAUUCAAAUAUGUGGAAUCUUCGAAGGGACGUUGUCGCGUUGUCGCCCUUACGAAAACAAGAAAAUAGCAAAAUCGUGGCAAUGGCACAAUUCGACAUUCGAAUCAUUUGUCGCGUUGUCGCGCUUUGAAUAAAUUUUUUGACUUUUACAAAAGGGCAACAAUGCGACAUUUUUCAAGUUCAAAAUAAGUCGCGUUGCUACGCUAUAAUUUAUUUUGACACUUUGCUUGGUUUUUAAGGGCGACAACGCGACAAGGUUCAUUCUAGGAUUCCAUACACAUCAUGUAUCAGAAUUAUGUUACUCAAGCACUAUCACGUUUAUCACCAUCAAGCACAGACUUUCCAGUGUAACUGGUGGACCAGCGUCUCGUAAAUAAAAGCAAUCAAACCCUU